CUGAAAACGGGCGGGAGAAACGUACCGCUGAUGAAACCAGGAGCAAGUUGACAGAGACUCGUGUUUCUCGCUGAAGGUUUGAAGGUGUGAGGAUAGACCUGCAUUCAGUAGUUUAGUGCUGAAUAUUAACGCAGUAUGUUGCGGUCUGCGCUGUGUCGGGCCGGAAGUGGGCUUCUGAAGCACACAUGCCGGAGCGUCCCAGGCUUUUGGGGGACUCAAGCUCAGCAGAGAUGGGCGUCCAGCCUUCCCAUGAACACGGUGAUUCUGUUUGUGCCGCAGCAGGAAGCGUGGGUGGUGGAGAGGAUGGGCCGCUUUCACCGGAUCCUCGAGCCUGGGCUGAAUGUACUAAUCCCGAUCCUGGACAGAAUCCGCUACGUGCAGAGCCUUAAAGAGAUUGUGAUCGAUGUGCCAGAGCAGUCUGCUGUAAGUCUUGACAACGUGACGCUACAGAUCGACGGCGUUCUGUACCUGAGGAUACUCGACCCCUUUAAGGCGAGUUAUGGAGUGGAGGACCCUGAGUAUGCAGUGACUCAGCUGGCACAGACCACCAUGAGAUCGGAGUUAGGAAAACUCACUCUGGAUAAAGUGUUCAGGGAGAGAGAGUCUCUGAACUCGAACAUCGUGCAUUCCAUCAACCAGGCGUCUGACGAUUGGGGGAUUCGCUGCCUGCGCUACGAGAUCAAGGACAUUCACGUCCCACCACGCGUCAAAGAGUCCAUGCAGAUGCAGGUGGAGGCGGAGCGGAAGAAGAGAGCGACAGUUCUGGAAUCGGAGGGGACGAGGGAGGCGGCGAUCAACGUGGCCGAAGGACGCAAACGAGCGCAGAUUCUGGCUUCGGAGGGACAGAAAGCGGAGCAGAUCAACAAAGCUGCAGGAGAGGCGAAUGCUUUGUUGGCUAAAGCCGAGGCAAAAUCACAGGCCAUUAGGCUGCUCUCUGAUGCGCUGACUCGACAGAAUGGAAACGCAGCAGCGUCCCUCAGCGUGGCCGAGCAGUACGUCUCUGCUUUCUCCAACCUGGCCAAAGAGUCGAACACCGUCAUCCUGCCGUCCAACACCGGAGAUGUCUCCAGCAUGGUCACACAGGCCAUGGCUAUUUACAGGACUUUAGCCAAGACACAAAGCUCCGGCGACUUGGUGGAGGUGAAUCCCGAACCCGCAGACGACGAGGUCGAGGUUAAAGCAGUGCCUGAAGACACGACACCUGAGUCCACAUCGGCUCAAUAAGAUAAACACGCAGGAAGUUCUAAUGCGUUCUGGUUCUUCUUUCUCUUCUCAUUUUUGUACAUUAUGUUGGAAGAUCAAUAUUUCAAAAAUAAAAAAAUGAUAAUCUGCUGUUGUGUUAAACUCAAACGUGCGUAUUUAAUAAAAUUCAUUUUGUGA